AUGUCUCUCAAGAGCUGGCUCUCUAUCGCUGCCGAUAGCCAUUUCUCAUUGGCAAACAUUCCAUUCGGCAUCAUCAGUACUCGAACCAGACCUACACCAAGACCUGCCAUCGCUAUCGGAGACUAUGCUCUGGAUCUGGAUCUCUUCUCAUCUCACAAUGGCUUCGCAGCUCUGUCUCCGAUCCAACCACAUCAACAUGUCUUUUCUGAUACUACCUUGAAUGCAUUCGCUGAGCUCGGAAGACCAAUGCACACAGCGGUCAGGAAGUAUCUCCAAUCAAUCUUCUUGGACUCGACCCCAUUCCCAGAUGUCCUGAAGAACAACAAAUCAGUCCAGGAAGCUUGUCUCAUUUCUCUAAAAGACGUGCAGAACCACGUGCCUAUGCAGAUAGGAGACUACACUGACUUCUACGCUGGAUUGAACCAUGCCUUUACCGUAGGCGAACUCUUCCGCGGAGCAGCAAACGCUCUGCAGCCUAACUACAAAUACUUACCUGUGGGAUAUCAUGGAAGAUCCUCGAGUAUCGUCGUAUCAGGAACUCCAGUCCGUCGUCCGCUUGGACAGAUACUAGAGGAUCCGACUGCCGAAGUCAAGAAGCCCAUCCUAUCUGCUUGCAGAAAACUUGAUAUGGAGCUCGAACUUGGUGCUUUCGUCUGCAAGAACAACAAGAUGGGUGAGCCAAUUCCAAUCGACGAGGCCGAAGAUUACAUCUUUGGUGUCGUUCUGCUCAACGAUUGGUCCGCUCGUGAUAUCCAGGCCUGGGAGUAUGUACCUUUGGGUCCCUUCACCUCGAAGAACUUUGCAUCCACCAUUAGCCCUUGGGUUGUUCUGACUGAUGCGCUCGAGCCAUAUCGUACCACUGGUUUGCACAGUGACGUGGAAGUCCUGGACUAUCUAAAGGAGAAAAGCAAGAAAAAUGUGUACGAUAUCAAACUGGAGGUUAUCCUCAAAACUUCUUCGGGCGCAACCACUACCAUUUCUCGCACAUCAGGGAAGAACCUCUUGUUCUCCUUCAACCAGAUGUUGACUCACCACUCUAUUACUGGCUGCCCUAUGCGCGUGGGAGACAUGCUCGGGUCUGGUACUAUCUCAGGAAAGGAGGCAUCUGAGCGCGGCAGUCUCUUGGAGCAGAAUAGAAACAGCAAAACAGUCGUCAGACUAGAAGGAGGUGAGCAGCGCGUGUUCCUAGAGGACGGUGACGAAAUUACCAUCAGUGGAGUUUGCAUGGGAGAAGACGGUGCGAGAGUCGGCUUUGGUGAUUGUAAGGGCAAGAUUGUUCCUGCUGUAAAGAUCUAG